AUGUCCCAGCACCGUUUACUUGCGGAUAAAAGUGAUGGUUUAUGCUCUAAAAUUUGUGCGAGAGUAGCACAUUUUGGUUACAUUAUUGACUUGGCACUGAAGCUUUCCAUUAACUUUUCUGUCAACAGAGCUGAUAUAUGGUCAUUUGGAAUCACUGCUCUUGAGCUGGCACAUGGUCAUGCUCCUUUUUCGAAGUACCCUCCAAUGAAGGUUCUUCUGAUGACACUCCAAAAUGCUCCUCCUGGACUUGAUUAUGAUCGGGAUAAAAAGUUCUCAAAGUCUUUUAAAGAAAUGGUUGCAAUGUGCUUGGUCAAAGAUCAAACCAAAAGACCAACAGCUGAAAAAUUGUUGAAACACUCAUUUUUCAAAAAUGCAAAGCCUCCUGAGAUGUAUGUGAAAAGCCUUUUGGUAGAUCUACCACCGCUUUGGGACCGUGUAAAAGAACUUGAGAUUAAAGAUGCUGCACAACUGGCAAUGAAGAGAAUGCCUUCAUCAGAAAGGCAAGCAUUAUCACAGAGUGAGUAUCAGCGAGGAGUUAGCGCAUGGAAUUUUGAUGUUGAAGAUUUGAAGGUUCAAGCAUCAUUGAUUGAAGAUGAUGAGGACCUUGUCGAUGCAGCAAAGGAAGAUAAUGGUAGCUUUAGGCAUUGCAUCAAUAAUAAGGAAUCAUCCAUUAGUAGAUGUUCUCCUGGAAAGACUUUAACUGCUGUUGAAAUUACACACAGACCAAGCAAAAAUGGCGGCAACGUCCAUGAUGGUAAUGGUUUAAUAACAAAAGACGAGUAUGUGAGAACAGGCUUUCUGGACUCCAGCAGUCAAGUUGGCGUUAACGGAUAUGACACGUUCAGACAAACAAAUGAUUCUAUGCCCUCAACAUCGAUGCAACAUGCUGAAUCACAAUCGAAAUUUCGGGCUGAGAGAAGGAACCGAACAUACAGUGAUCCUCUUAUGCCCUCUGGCGUGCAAAACAGUUCAUCAGAAAGAGGGCGAGCCUCCGAAAGGAUUGAAGGUGAAAAGAAAUUAUCGACGGAGAGAUCUAAACAUGAUGCUCGGAAGCCUCCCAACAUAGGUGGUCCUUCAUUACUUCCAAAACGUGCUUCUUCGAACAGUUUGUCCGCUCCCAUACCAUCCAUGAAAGGAUAUGGAGAUUCUCGGGAGGAUAAGUCCGGGGCUAAUGUGGUGCAAAUAAAAGGACGGUUUUCUGUUACAUCUGAGAAUGUUGAUCUUGUAAAGCGCCCACCACUAAGAAGAUCUGCAAGCUAUGGUGAUUUCUUAAUUAAUCCUAACCAAGUUCCAGUUGAUCAUAUCCCAAAGGAAAACAUAAGUAAUUCAUUAUCUGCUUCCAUUCUAGUGCCUCACCUCCAGAAUCUUUUUCAACAAACUUCAUUUCAACAGGAUCUUCUUACAAAUCUAUUAAGUAGCCUGCAACAAAAUGAUCUUGUUUCUACUUUCAGGACUGGUGUCCCAUCACAAGCAUGCAGAUCUGAAAGAGAUCGUUUGGUCAAGGGUGAAGCGACUGAAAGGGAGCAGCACUUGCAUCGUAAGAUUGCAGAGCUUGAAGCCAGGAUGAUCAGCCUAAUUGGAGAGAUGACUGAAACAAGGUUAAAGCAGAUUCAACUGCAACAACAGUUAAAACAUCUUUAUUCUCAAGAAGACCAAAUAGAAGAUAUGCCGAAAAGGCCUGAUCUCCCAGUAGUCCUCUGACGUUGUGCAUACACUACCAAUACAAAUACAAUACCUGCGAUGAGGUAACAACCUAAUCACAAAUGUUGCCUUUGUUUAGCUUCUUCAGAUCCUCUGUAGUUUUCAUCAUAAUUAUAGAAGUAGAGUUAUCAAUUAUCAGCCUCCCUUUUACUACAACUAUUUUUUAAUCUUUCUUAAUUUGUAAAAAAAUUCUUCAUAGUAAGUCUCAGCCACCUAAAUAUGAUGGAUUAUAUGGUUGAAUUUUUAAACAUUGCCUCACCAAUUGCUAUCACAAACGGAGAGAUUCGGAUACUUUGUGUAAAGAUUUAUGAUGAGUAGCUAAAGGUCUCUCAUGCUGUAAAAUAGCCCUUUUUUAAUAUAUAUUUUAGUCUUGUGUUUGUGUACAUUGUAUAUAAACAGGCACAAUUGGAAUGGGGAUUACUUCUUAUCAUGCUUUUCGAACAUAAUAUUGAGGCCGUUUUAAUCUUAAAGUUU